AUGGAGUGCUGCAUGUCAGAGGAAGCCAAAGAACAAAAAAGAAUCAAUCAGGAGAUAGAGCGACAACUCCGAAAGGACAAACGAGAUGCCAGGAGAGAACUCAAACUUCUCCUGCUUGGCACUGGCGAGUCAGGCAAGUCAACAUUCAUCAAGCAGAUGAGAAUCAUCCACGGGUCGGGUUACAGCGACGAAGAUAAACGCACUUUUAUCAAGCUUGUAUACCAGAACAUCUUUAUGGCGAUGCAGAGUAUGAUACGUGCCAUGGAUCUACUCUCAAUACAAUAUGGAAAUCCGUCCAACGUAGAGCAGGCGGAGUUGAUAUCUAUGAUCGACUUUGAGAGUGUUACAUCGUUUGAAAGCCCAUAUGUUGAAGCCAUCAAGGGCCUUUGGGCGGAUUCUGGCAUCCAAGAGUGCUACGACCGCAGGCGAGAAUACCAGCUGACAGACUCGGCCAAAUACUACUUGCAGGAGAUAGACCGCGUCGCGGCACCAAAUUACUUACCAACAGAACAAGACAUUCUUCGCGUGAGAGUGCCCACAACGGGCAUUAUAGAAUACCCAUUUGACUUGGAGGAAAUACGAUUUAGGAUGGUGGACGUCGGGGGCCAGAGAUCCGAGAGAAGGAAGUGGAUUCAUUGUUUCGAAAACGUCACAUCUAUCAUAUUCUUAGUAGCCCUUAGUGAAUAUGAUCAAAUUUUAUUUGAAUCUGAAAAUGAGAACCGAAUGGAAGAGUCCAAGGCGUUGUUCAAGACGAUCAUCACGUACCCCUGGUUCCAGCACUCGUCGGUGAUUUUGUUCCUUAACAAAAAGGAUUUACUCGAAGAGAAGAUCAUGUAUUCGCAUCUUGUCGACUACUUUCCAGAAUAUGAUGGUCCACAACGCGACGCGAACGCGGCACGCGAGUUCAUUCUGCGAAUGUUUGUCGACCUGAACCCGGACGCGGAGAAAAUCAUCUACUCCCAUUUCACUUGUGCGACAGAUACUGAAAACAUCCGUUUCGUGUUUGCUGCAGUGAAAGACACAAUCCUACAAUCUAACCUAAAGGAGUACAACCUCGUGUAA